AUGACCACCCGCGAUGCAUAUCGGAUCGGCUGGAUCUGCGCCCUGCCUGUGGAGAUGGCGGCCGCCCAGGCCAUGCUGGACCAGUUCCACCCCGCGCUGCCUAAUCGGAAGAACGACCGAAACAAGUACGUGCUGGGGACCACCGUCCUCCAGAUGCGCUACAGCUACGAGUCGCUCGAGGUGUGCUUCAUGGUCGGCAUUGGAGGCGGCGUCCCUGAUGAGCACGAUAUCCGCUUGGGGGACAUCGUCGUUAGUGAGCCUACAAUCCGAUACGGGGGCGUGAUGCAAUAUGACCGAGGGAAGGCUGUUGACGGAGGCCGAACGACUCCAACGGGGGUCCUGGAUAAGCCGCCGGAGGUCGUUCUGAGAGCACUCUUGGGAUUGAAGGCCGAACACAUGCUCCGGGGAAACAACGUCCAUCUCUACUAUGACGAAGCCAUGCGGAAAUUCCCGCAUCUCCGCGCCCUUGCCCAACAUCCUGGUCGGGACGCUGACCAUCUCUUCGUCGCCGAGUACGGCCAUGUCCUUUCGGAACCGAGCUGUCAUAAAUGCGACCUAUCGAUGUUACAACUGCGGCAGCCCCGGCCAGACGACCAGCCGAGGAUCUUUUAUGGCUUGAUCGCGUCUGGGAACAAGGUCAUAAAGGACGCCAAGGUCAGAGACCAACUGGCGAAGCAGUACGGCAUCCUAUGCUUUGAAACCGAAGCUGCCGGAAUCAUGGAUAUCUUUCCUUGUCUGGUUAUUCGUGGAGUCUGCGACUAUGCAGACUCUCACAAGCACAAGCGCUGGCAGGGGUAUGCGGCCGUCGUGGCUGCCGCAUAUACCAAAGAGUUACUGCUCUACCUCCCCUCUCACGAGAUGGUCGACACGAUGAAAAUGUUCGAGGAGCUAACUGCUGACCCCCAGCUGAUGAAAGCUGAUACGCCAACAGUGGCGGAUCCAAGCCCUUGCCCGUCAUCUGUUCCCACCCAGUCCCCUCUCCCAGCUGGCCGGGAUACUGGUUGCCAACCUGCACCGAGCCCUGUCCAUCCAAGUCUAGGUCAUGCACGUCCAAAUCCAUUAGACAGCAACUCAAAUACGCCGCCAAUGGCCCAUUCGAAUAAGCUUACCGCGCACUCCGUAUGCGAUACGAAGGAUAGUUCCAGCUCUAAUCCUCUUUCAAAGACGGCAUUGGAGGCCAUUCCGGCACCCACCGCGACGAAAUUAAUUCCAGUGCACGGGGACGCCACAAACGGAAAUGAUAACCAAAGUAGCCCUGCCCAAGAACACAAGGCUGACACGACGGGGAUUGAAAUUCCACCACCUAUAAGUAGUCUGAGGCGUAUACCGUCCGACCUAGCGUCCCAAUUAAACUCACAAGCAAUCUUCAGAACCAACUUAGCUCUGUCACGGCAUCAAAAGCAAUGGCAUCCCUGGCCCGGUGGUUGCAUCAGUUUCUUCCACACCUUGAGUGAUUGGCUUUCGACGACCGCUUGCAAGGGUCUGAUAGUAGACGUUCAACCGAGCAGAGGAAGCAUUAUCCCCAGCCAUGCCCGAGGGGUAGGAUUCGCCGCCGAACUAAUAGAGUUUCUCCUGCAAUGGAAGGAAGCACAUAAAGAGCACCCCGAGUCCGACUACCAAGUACUCUGGUCGCUCCCUUCAGCAAACGCGGCAUCGAAUGACCCGGUUCAAAUCCUCAAAGCCCUCGCCUCCGAUGCCAUUCAUUUAUAUCCCGACGUUCUCUCAUCAGACGAGAUCUCCAAUACAAGCCACAGCAAAGAACAUGAACUAUGGCUGCUUCUCGAAACAAUACUUCCCCGCUUAAACCGCGCCUUCUUAAUAUUCCAAUCAUACCGCGCGGACUUGACAGAGAAGAUGAUGCAAUGCGCGAAUUCUAUUCUCCGCACUUCAGAUCGCCCUUCCAAAAUCAUGAUUGUCGUUUCUGACAAGCGCCUUGUGGACCGCACGUCUUACUUUGGUCAACGCUGGGAAAUCGCGAGUAUACCGGCGGAGCCGCCAAUAGCGGCACGUCUCCGAAGCCGGCCAGUGGCCCAUAUAGACUGGCACGUUCUAUCUCCGACCUUCUAG